CCUACUCACUAAAGCUCAUUUCAGUUUCACCGGCAACAAGACCACAUCCACCUGUAUCUGUUAUCCAAGCAGUGAUGGCCUCUCAACCUCUCACAGAAUGGCACAGUGGUCUCUGUGAUUGCUUUGAAAAUGCAAGCACUUGCUGCUAUGGUUUCUGGUGCUGCCCCUGUCUGGCAUGCACAGUUGCAGGGAGACAUGGAGAGAACCGAUGUCUACCACUGUGUGACAUCUGCAGCCCUGCUGUGUUCACAGCUUUUGGGAUCCCUAUGUUUGUGCCCCCCGCAGUCUUGUCCAUGAGAACAUCCAUUCGCAAAACAUACCGUAUCCAGGGGUCCAUCUGUGAGGACAUUGCCGUUUCCUGUUUCUGUAUGUGGUGCAGCUGGUGUCAGAUGCACCGUGAGCUUAAAGACCAAAACAAAACGACGACUGUGGUCAAUGUUGUGAACCAAACUGUCGUCCACCAGCCUGCUCCUGUGAUGAUGAUGCAGACACACCCAACGGUUUAUGUUGCUCACCAGUAAGACACUGCAAAUGUGCAGCUUUAAUAUCUGAUUUCUGAGGAAAGUUGUCAGUAUUUAGAUUGAGUUAAUUUAACCCAAGGUUAAUUUCUAUACAUUAGUCACAUUUGUCUUCUCACUAAGUAAUGAUAAUCAUGCUUAUGGUCAAACUGAACACUGCCACAAAUGACAAUAUUUGUAUUGUAAUUGGUGAUGGAAAAUUCAGAAUUACACACAACGUGUCUGUUUGCCAGAUCUGAUUACAGCAAAGAUGUUAAAAAGUCAGUUGAAGUUUAUCAACAAUCACAAAAGAAGAGGCUUCACUUUAUUACUCAGAUGACAUGUAUGCUGUACCACUUGAUUGCCUUCUUUUUAUGUAAGCUUUUAAAGAGAAUGUUUACGACUUGAUUCUGUGCAAUUCAUGAAUUGUUGGCGUAACUAUUUAACCGAUGCUGCAUAUAUCUCAUUGUUUAAAUAAACUGCAUUUAUAAUCUGCUGUUUAUUUUCAGAAUAAAACCAAUUUUCUGUCACACUGGCAGUUUCUUGGGGACAUUUUCCUCUAUAAAAUAAAAAUUGAAGGUGGGCAGUUUCACAA